AUGAUUGCUAAAACUAACGAUGAGAUGAGAAAUAUUCAACACCGUAUCAAACUGGCCGUAAUAAACAAUAGAUCAGUUACCAUCUUAUACGAAAAUGAGGAUUUAUCCUCUGAUUCAACAUCACAACCUUCAACUACGCCCAGCACAAAAAUAUAUGACAAAAAUCGGUUAAAUUUAUUACUAAAUCUAUUAUUAACAAUAAUGGGUUCUUCAUCAACAACCACUUCAAAUCAUAACAAUCAAAAUGGUACAACAAUAACAACCCAUGUACAAUAUUUACCAUCAAUAUUUAAUCUAUCCAAUGAUAUCUUUAACUUGUCACGUGAUGAUUGGGAAACAUUUAUGAAUAAUAUAACUACUUAUAAAUCACAAAAAGAUUAUAAAAAAGAUUUCCAUGGAUAUAUAUCAAUGAUUAUAUGUAUUUUUGGUACAAUGGCAAAUUUAGCAAAUAUGGCGGUGUUAACACGAAAAGAUAUGGUUGGUGCGCCAAUAAAUCGUGUGUUAACUGGUUUGGCUUUUGCCGAUAUGCUGGUAAUGGUGGAAUAUAUACCGUUUGUUUAUUAUCAUAAUAUAAUUUUUCAAUCACGGCGUGAUUUUACAUAUUUGGGUGCACUUUUCAUUUUAUUUCAUAUGAAUUUCUCCAAUAUCUUGCAUACGAUAUCGAUCUGUUUAACGAUUGCAUUGGCUACAUGGAGAUAUAUUGCAAUUAGGUAUCCACAUAAGAAUCACGUAUUAUGUUCGGAUCGACGUUGUACCCAUGCAAUAACCGCAUCAUAUUUAUUACCCGUAUUUUUAUGUAUACCAUAUUAUAUAACAUUUAAUGUAACAUCCAAACAAAUAAUUGAAAAUAAUGAAAAUGUAACGUUAUACAUUGUAGAUAUCAGUGAUUUAGCACGUAAGAAUAAUGAUCGUUUAUUUAUCGCAAGUUUUUGGUUAUAUAGUGUGAUUUUUAAAUUAUUACCAUGUUGUAUAUUAACUGUAAUUAGUAUUUAUUUAAUAAAAGCAUUGUAUAAAGCAAAACAGAGAAAACAAAUCUUACGUACGGGUUACGAUUUAAAUGCACAUGAUGCAAAAGCAGCACUGUCAUUUAUUGAGAAAAAAGGACCAAGUAAAAGUGAACGACGUGCUGAUCGAACAACACGUAUGUUGGUUGCUGUGCUAUUAUUAUUUUUAAUUACGGAAUUACCACAGGGUAUUAUGGGUUUAUUAAGUGUAUUAUUAGGUAAAGAUUUCUUUGUAAGUUGUUAUAAUAAAUUUGGUGAGAUUAUGGAUGUUUUAGCACUGUUAAAUGGUGCGAUUAAUUUUAUUUUAUAUUGUUGUAUGAGUCGACAGUUUCGUACAACAUUUGGGAAUAUGUUUAAGCCACGUAUAUCAAGAUGGACGACAAAUUUUACGUCAACGCAACAAAUUGCACAACAACAGACGUCUGUACAAAAUACAUUUGUAUAA